AUGUUCAUUGCAUCGUCAGUGCCACGUGGCCAUGCACAGGUAAUCAUUGCAAAGGACAAUGAUGAUGGCACAAGUACCCAGACAUCACAGCUGCCUCCGUCGGAUAUCAUCAGUUCCCAGUCAAGUCAUGAGCCUAGUGCACGCCCUUCGCCACCUCUUGGCGAUGAUUUCGGUCCCACAGGAAUAGCCUCAUCAUCUGAAUCACCAUCGUCCAUAAGAAUGCCUCCUUCUCCAACUACAAGUGAGACAGAAGGUUUAGCACCAAGCGAUAUUAUGGAAUCUACUUGCCAGAAUACGCCAGGAUUCCUGGUCAAGAGUUGGAUCUGGGAGGAACCUAGUGUUUUUUGCGACAACUAUCGUCUAUUCUGUUAUGACCAAGGAAAUCUUGGUCUGGCCAAAGAUCACUGUUGUAUAUGCAAGGGACCAGAAUGCAAACCCUUUUGUAAUGAUACAGAUUUUGCGAAUGGGAAAAAUACGAUGUCAACUGAUAGCGAUGAAGAUGCUAUGGCCGACAAUGAUGAGGGCGAUGAUAAUACUAUCGUUAUUCUCAUCGGCUGUUCAUUGGCAGUCCUAUGCUUGUUUGGCGGUGCUUAUGCAAUACCGAAGUAUCGCCAUCGCCGUCGUCUUCGCAAUAGAUAUGGCAGUGCAUAG